AUGGGCAACGAUAAUAAAUUCGAAUAUGAAUCCCUUCCAAUCCCUACCUACGAAGAAGCUGUCGCCGCUCGUCCAGGGUCAUCCCGCUCGCGCCUCGGUUCCGAAGAAGUCAGCGACGAUGCCGAACGACAAGGUCUCCUUCACGACGCCAGCGCGACCACUGCUUCCCGCCCGGAUCGCCGAGGAUAUCAACCCCCCACCGUCGAGUCCGCUCGAAACAGCCUCGAUGACCUCGACUCCUCCGCCCCUGGCUCCGAACGGGGUUCGCUCGAGGAGUUGCAGCGGGAACUCGCGCAGAUGGACGUGGAGGAUGCGGCCGGACAACAACCAUCCCAACGCUCCCGCCUACGUUCCCGUUUCUCCAAGCCCUUCAAUAACCUCACCCGAACGCUCUCGUCCCUCGGUUCGCCCUUUCGUCGCCUGAUACCCAAUUUCCGUUUUACAAUCAACCUGGGCGCCGCCCGAUCCGAUAUGCAGCACCGCGGCUGCAUCAUCAUGUUGCGUCUGUUCGGUCUCUUAUUAGUCGUCGCCAUUGUAUAUGUAUUUUUCAUCUCCGAUAUCUUCAGCAUGAAUAGCCGAUUUAUCAUGGGCCAGUCCUACAGUGCCGCCUCCGUCGAGAACUUCAUCCAGGGCCACAUCAACGAAACGAACAUUGCUGAGAAUCUCCGCAUGGCCACCAAGUUCCCGCACAUGGCAGGCACGGAAGGAAGCUACGCACUGGCAGAAUGGGUGGAACAAGAAUUCCGGAACGCUGCUUUCGACCAGAUCGAAAUGGAAGAGUUCCAAGUAUACUUGAAUUACCCCACGCCCGGCGGCAGGAGGGUCGCGAUCGUCGACCCACCCGAUUUGGCCUGGGAGGCCGCCCUGGAGGAAAAGGACGAGCAGACCCCCGUGUUCCACGGCCAUUCGAAAUCCGGAAAUGUGACGGGCCACCUCGUCUACGCAAACUACGGUUCUCGCGAAGAUUUCCAGCAUCUUGCUGACAAAGGCGUCUCCCUCAAUGGAUCCAUCGCACUGCUGCGGAACUUGCUGGUGCUGUCGGUUGUAUCAUCUACUCCGACCCUUCCGAGGAUGGAUUCGUUCGCGGCCCUGCCUAUCCGGAGGGACGUUUUCAUGCCCGCAGAUGGUGUUCAGCGCGGUGCUGUGAGCCUCAUGUCCUGGGUCGUCGGAGACGUGCUUACGCCCGGAUUCGCUUCCACCCCGGAGGAAAAGAAGCGCCUCAAGCCGGAGGAGAGCCAGGGCCUGAACAGCAUUCCGAGCCUUCCGAUCGCCUGGCGCGACGCUCAGAGGCUCUUGCAGGUCCUCCAGGGCCACGGCUCCAAGGUGCCGGCCAAAUGGGUCGGCGGUGUGCCACACGUGGACCAGUGGUGGACAGGUGAUGAAAAUUCUCCUGUGGUGAACCUGAUGAAUAUGCAAGACGAAGUCGAGAGGCAACCCAUCUAUAAUGUGAUCGGGAGGAUCAUUGGCAUGGAGGAACCAGACAAGAAGAUCAUCGUGGGCAAUCACCGCGAUUCCUGGUGUCUUGGAGGCGCCGAUCCAGGGAGUGGCACCGCGGUGUUCCUUGAAGUUGCCCGUGUUUUUGGCGAACUCCUUACCUUCGGGUGGCGUCCGCUCCGCACCAUCGAGUUUGUCAGCUGGGAUGCGGAGGAGUACAACCUUGUUGGAUCGACCGAGCAUGUGGAAAAGGAGUUGGAGGCUCUUAAGAAGAAUGCAUACGCAUAUCUCAAUGUUGAUGUCGGCGUUGCAGGCAGGGAAUUCGAUGUUUCCGGAUCCCCCGUGUUUGAACGCGUGGUUACGCAACUGCUCGGACGUAUCGCAGAUCCCAUCACCAACGAGACGCUCAAAGAGAUCUGGGAGAAGAAGAAACAGAAACUCGCGCCUCUGGGCGCGGGGAGCGACUAUGUGGCGUUCCAGGACAUCGCCGGAACCUCCAGCAUUGAUUUUGGUUUUGUCGGUGAACCAUUCCCUUACCACAGCUGCUACGAAAACUACGACUGGAUGGCCAAAUUUGGCGACCCCGGAUUCCAGUAUCAUAAGAUUCUGGGCCAGUUCUGGGGUUUACUCCUCGUCCAAUUCGCGGACAACCCGAUCUUGCCCUUUGACCUGGAGAUUUACGCCAAGCACCUCGCCUUCUAUGUUUCCGACCUGGAGAAGUACGCCAAGUCCAAAAAUGUCCCGAUUGCGUCCAAGCCCUCCAACGCGAAGACCGACCGAGACGUUUCUGUCACGUUCAAGCCCUUGUACGACGCGGCCAGUAAGUUCCAGAGUGACGCCGCAAAGUUCCAGCAAUUCGCCCAGCUGUGGCAUGACGCUGUAUGGGGUUCCGGCGGGUUUGAGAACAACGUGAUGGCGAUGCAGCGAACAAGCCACAAUGCAGCCAUGGCUAGAUUCGAGACCAAUCUCCUGGACGACCGGGUCGACGGAGGGGUCCCUAACCGCACGCAAUUUAAGCACGUCAUUUUCGGCCCCGAGCUGUGGUCUGGCUACGAUGCGACCUUGUUCCCGGCUAUUCGCGACAGCAUCGAUGCCGGCAAUUGGACGCAAACUCAAGAAUGGGUUGACCGUGUCUCCGAAGUCAUCACCACAGCGAGCGAUAAGUUAUUCCACGACUAA